AUGACCUCUUCCAAGGACUAUAUUCUCAAGGCAUGGCCUCCCAAUGACACAAUCGCCAACACCAAGAAGUACCGGAUCGUCAAGAAAUCACCCAUCCCUGUAUCGGUCAAGAUCCUCACGGUGUCGGUCCUUGUGUUUGCCGCUUUGUACAUCGUGGUGGUGCGAUGCUACCUUGUCCAAGUACCAUUCCUAUCUUAUGCUCAAAGCCAUUUCGCUAGCCCAAAACUGGCAGGGUUGACUAUUUUAGUAACAGUAGCCAUCAACCACCUUCUCUGCUAUGUUUUCCAGAGCGAUUUCGAGGAAUCGAUCAUGGUGAUUAAAAGUAUGGGGAUCGAAAUCUCUACCACGAUUCCCAACAGCACAUUCUUUGGUAGGGCAAAGAUCGUGGAUAGGUUCAUCCCCAUCGGCGAUAUCAUUGAUAUCAUGAUCCAUGAAGCGUUCAAAGGGUUCGAGGUCAUUUUUUAUAUGGUGAUUCUCCGGCAAAACCAAAAGAAGUUGACGAUUGUGUUUGAAAAGUUAUUACCAAGGAGGGAUCAGUUGGAGGUGGUGCUCCGUGGUUGCAGGAAAGUGUUGUAUCACCAGAGAAGAGAUAAUAAGUUGGAAAUACCUGGCUGGACCAAGUUAUCUGAACCGAACAACAAGACAAUAUAA